AUGCCUGCUGACAACCCCGUCCGCAAGCGCGAGCGCGAACCAGAGACGAUCGAGAGUCCUGAAGAGAAUGGCAGCAAUGGAUUGCCUACUCCAACUGUCUCUGCCCCAUCCAAUGGGAAUCCACCACCACCGACCAAUGGGAGCACCACACAGGACCCCGACAAACCGAUCAAGCCCCACAAACCUCUCAAUCGUGUGCCCCGUAUGUGCCUUGCGUUUCAUCUGGGUGCUUGCAAUGCUUGUCGCAAACAAAAGAUGCGAUGUGAGGGAGCAGACAAUCCGCCGUGCAAGCGCUGCCGCCAUGCCCACAUCGAGUGUAUGUUUGAGAAACCAGCGCGGGAAGUCAGUGCGGCCACCGAGCAGGGAUUAGAACGCAUUCGAUCUUUGGAGAAUCAGGUUUCUUCAAUACAACAUACUCUCUCCGAGCUUGUAUCAACGCUGCGCAACCAGCAACAACAACAACAACAACAGCCAACAGUUCCGCAGGCCCCAGUUUCAAACUCGGCUCCUUCCCCAUCUUCAGCUACGACCGCUUCCACCCAAACACCUCAGAUCCAUCCUUCUCCUUCUCCUUUCAGCCCGAGCCUUAAUGCCACAGGUUAUGCUGGUUUCCACCCACCGAUGGCCCUGCCUCCCCAGAUGUCCCAGUCUCAGCAUCACUCCCAUAACCAACCUCAGCAUCAUCACUCUCACUCGCAUUCUCAUCCACGAGAAACAAGCGAGCGCGACAUGGCCGCCGCCACAACAUUGGCCAUGGCUCAACGAGGCCACCAUGGACAGCAGCAUUCCCAUCAGCAGCACCCGCAAAAUUCGAGAUCGUAUUCGUACGGGGACGGGAGUAUCUCAGAGAACGGCGGGACUAACGGCAUGCCAAACCGUCAGCACUCGCAAGGUGAUCUUCAACAGGGGUAUUCAUACGCCAAUCGGUCACCUUCUGCCUCCGAAUCUCCCCAACGUGGCCAUCUACAUUCAGGACCCAAACCAGCGCCCUCGCAUCACGGCGGGUAUCAUUCAGAUGGUGGCUAUGUAUCGCAUACACAGUCACACCAUCAACAGCACCAGCAGCAGUACUCGCAUCACCAACAACAACACCAAAACCAGCAGCACCAACAACAACAUCAUAACCACAACCAGCAUCAACAGCACCAUCUUCAGUACUCCAUGUCUAACGAUCAUAGCUAUGCACAUCAGCAACAGUUACAUCCGCCUCACCCCCUCCCACCCCCACCUCAACGCCACCCAGGAGGAGCCGUUCCUUCAUCCAACGUUACCUCCGCCGAUAGCUCCGACGACGAGGGCGAGCUCCCAACACAAGGUCUUGUCGCACCGAUCGAAGUCCUCCGCGGACUGGCAGAACGCCAGGAACGAGAGAUGGGUGGUCGGACCCGAAGUGCUUCACCUGUCGCCGGCCCUUCUGAACCCUCGACCACUCGCACUGGACAACGGGGCAGCAUUUCCAAACAAGGAGGAAGCCUUGGCGACAGAGAACCCGAGGUCGACGAACCUCGACCGCCGAAGCGCAGAAAGACUAAGCACGAGGAUUUGCAGGCGCCGGACCAUGCGUUUCCGGAUGUGGUGACUAAAGGGAUAAUUACCGAGCAAGAGGCGAGGGAACUGUUUGCGAUCUUCUAUCGCGGGUGUUCAACCUUUUUGCCGGUAUUCGAUAUGGCAGUUGAUACUUAUGACGCUCUGCAUUCUCGGUCUCCUUUUUGCGUCAACACGAUCUGUAUGGUUGCUGCUAGGGUUCGAGAUGGUGGAGAGAGUGAGACCUACCAAAAAUGCCGAGCAGAGGUAGAAGAGAUAUCACGGCAUACGUUAUUUACCCCAGUGGUUCGUCAGGAAGCUGUUCAAGCGAUGGUCCUAGUAUCGGGCUGGUCCACGAAUGGAUGGCUUCCUGGAGGACAUGCGGUCAGGAUGGGGCUAGAAAUAGGGAUGCACAAGGCAUGGCCACGUUUACACAAACGUAUGCGCGCGGGGAAGAUACUGGUAUCGCAAGAGGAAAGACAACUUGUCAUUUCUGCCCGAACGUGGUUUGUCUUGUUCCUAUUCGAGCAUCAGAUAUCGUUCGGGACAGGUCGUCCCGCAAUCCUGCGAGAUGACGAAUCCAUCGCACGAUGCAGGGACAUUCUACGGCAUCCCCUUUCGAUUCAAGACGACAUGCGGCUCGUUUCCAUGGUCGAACUCAUGGUUUUACGCGAGCGCCUUCACAACCAGUUGGCACCUUACGAAGGUCCUGUCGAAGACCGCGUGUACAAGGUGCUGCACCAGGCCGAGUCGGACUUUCGUACCUGGUACGAGGAGUGGGAUCAUCUCUUUUCCCAAAAAUACGAGGACGCGGCGUUUUAUCGGCAAAGUUUAAUGAUCCAAAGGGAUUUCGGAGAGUUGUAUCACAAUGCGACUGUACUAAGGGGCAUACGUGGGCCAGAGGAUGUAGCCCGGAUGCCCAUGGAGCAAAAGAUCGUUGCGCAGCGUGCGAUCAGGCUCGCUAAGCGUGGUUUGGAUAACUGUAUUCGUUCGGUAACUUAUCGUGAAGGUCUGAAAUAUGCUGUUCAUUUUACCCAUGUAACCGCUACUUUUGCGGCAUCCUUUUUGAUACGUCUAGCUCGUCUAUUUCCUCAAGAAUGUGAUCCCAAUGCUAUUAUGUCGACUGUUGAAGAUCUUGUACAUCUGCUUUCCAAUAUACCCGCUGGGCGGUAUGCCCGCAGCCUGCGUCUUAUGUUGCGGUCGGCGCGACGGCGCAGGGUGCUUCCACCACGUCCCGCGGGACCAGUGGACCGCGCCGGCAACCCACCUCUUAUGUUUGGAGCUUCACCUCAAGGUACCUCGUAUAGCGAUACAAGCUCGCCGCAACAGUUUACCGGCGCUUCGCCCGGCACACAUCCUGAUAACUCGGUUUCUCCCGCCGCGUUCCUCAUGGCCAAUGGUAUGAUGAACCCCGGUCAAGAAUUCGAGCCAUAUCUUCAAGGAUUUGAGCUUGCGCCUGGACAAGAGGUGCCCGUGUGGCUCUCCGAGUCAAGCUUGGGCGAUGCGGCGCUCUCUCAGUUUGGGCUGGAGGCGUUCGUGAUCCCACAACAGUAUGAUCCCAAUUCUACCGAGACACAAAUAUGGUGA